UCCGUCCCGCGCGCCGACGCCGCCCCGCUCCUCUGUUGCAGCGUCUCGGCCGCAGCUGCUGUACAAGUUCAUCGAGCAGACGAUGCAGCCGGGGCCCGACGUGUCGCUCAAGUGCGUGGCGACGGGCCAACCCACGCCGCAGAUGCACUGGUCGCUGGACGGGUUCCCGCUGCCGCACGGCGAGCGCUUCGUGAUCGGCCAGUACGUGACGAUGGCCGGUGACGUCAUCAGCCACGUGAACAUCAGUCGCGUGGCGGUGGAGGACGGCGGCACCUACGAGUGUUCGGCCGUCAAUCGCGUGGGGCGCGUCAGCCACCGCGCGCCGCUCCGCGUCUACGGGCUGCCCGUGGUGCGCAAGAUGCCGCCGGUGUCCGCCGUGGCCGGGGAGACGCUGGUGCUCAUGUGCCCCGCCGCCGGCUUCCCCAUCCACACCAUCACCUGGGAGAAAGGUGAGUGCUCGCCCGGCCUGUGGGCUACGCUGGGAUCUGCCCCUAGGACGCGCCUGACGAUGUCGGGAUACUUGAAAUAA